AAUGUCAAUCAUAUCUAAGUCUAACCAAAACAAAGAGAGCAAUCUUGGUGCUUAAUACAGUGAAUUGAUCAAAAUAUAUUAUGGCUCUUUCUCGUUCUCUUUUCCUCUUUGCUCUCAUUGCUACUAUCUUCUCAACCAUGGCUGUGGCAAAAGAUUUUGUAGUUGGAGAUGAAAGUGGUUGGACACUUGGGGUUGAUUACCAAGCUUGGGCUGCAAACAAGGUCUUUCGUCUCGGAGACACACUCACAUUCAAGUAUGUUGCUUGGAAGGACAAUGUGGUGAGAGUGAAUGGAAGUGAUUUCCAGAGUUGCUCAGUUCCUUGGGCAGCACCAGUGUUAACAAGUGGACAUGAUAAAAUUGCAUUGACAACCUAUGGGAGAAGAUGGUACAUUUCAGGUGUUGCCAAUCACUGCGAAAAUGGACAAAAGCUUUUCAUAAAUGUUUUACCAAAACAAGAUGGUUGGUAUCCAGCACCCUCCUCACCUUCAGCCUCCCCCUCACCCUCACCUGUGCCGGCCCCUGAAGCAGCACCGCCUUCAAAUGCACCAUGGGCUGCUAGCGUGCAGACAUCAGAGUUAACUUGGUCUCCGGUGCCCUCGCCCUCACCUACACCAGCCCCUGAAGCCGCACCUCCUUCAAAUGCACCAUGGGUUGCUAGCGUGCAGGCAUCAGAGAUAAAUUGGUCUCCUGUACCCUCACCUACACCGGCCCCUCAAGCAGCACCACCUUCAAAUGCACCAUGGACCGCUCCCCGCCGGUCCCUGCUGCAAAAGUAGCUAUUCAAAACGAUUCACAGGAAUCUGAUAACUGUUUGAGAUUGGAUUAGUUCAUGUGUCAUGUUUCAAAGUGGGGCUAUUUUUUCUAGUUACUAAAAUCAUUAAUUAUUUAUUUUCUUUAUGUUGGUGAAUUUAUUUACACACAUAAAUAAAAAGAAUCACACGUUUCCUAGUGAUGAUUUCAAA